AUGGGUAAAGACAAGUUACACGUCAACGUCGUCGUCAUUGGUCACGUCGACUCCGGUAAAUCUACCACCACUGGUCACUUGAUCUACAAGUGUGGUGGUAUCGACAAGCGAACCAUCGAGAAGUUCGAGAAAGAAGCCGCUGAGUUAGGUAAAUCCUCAUUCAAAUACGCUUGGGUUCUUGACAAACUUAAGGCCGAGCGAGAGAGAGGUAUCACCAUCGAUAUCGCUCUUUGGAAAUUCGAGACCCCUCGAUACCAAGUCACCGUUAUUGAUGCUCCCGGUCACCGAGAUUUCAUCAAGAACAUGAUUACUGGUACUUCCCAAGCCGAUUGUGCCAUUCUCAUUAUCGCCACCGGUGUCGGUGAGUUCGAGGCUGGUAUCUCCAAGGACGGUCAAACCAGAGAGCACGCUCUUCUCGCUUUCACCCUCGGUGUCAGACAACUCAUUGUCGCCUGUAACAAGAUGGACACCUGUAAAUACUCCGAGGACCGAUUCAACGAAAUUGUCAAGGAAGCUUCCGGUUUCAUCAAGAAGGUUGGAUACAACCCCAAAGCUGUUGCCUUCGUCCCCAUCUCCGGAUGGCACGGUGACAACAUGUUGGAGGAAUCCGACAACAUGGGUUGGUACAAAGGUUGGACCAAGGAGACCAAGGCCGGUGUUGUCAAGGGUAAGACCCUUCUCGAUGCCAUUGACGCCAUCGAGCCCCCUACCCGACCCACCGACAAAGCUCUUCGACUUCCUCUCCAAGAUGUCUACAAGAUCGGUGGUAUCGGUACGGUGCCCGUAGGUCGAGUUGAGACCGGUGUCAUCAAGGCCGGUAUGGUCGUUGUCUUCGCCCCUGCCAACGUCACCACUGAGGUCAAAUCCGUCGAGAUGCACCACGAGCAAAUCCCCGAGGGUCUUCCCGGAGACAACGUUGGUUUCAACGUCAAGAACGUUUCCAUCAAAGAUAUCCGACGAGGAAACGUCUGUGGUGACACCAAACAAGAUCCUCCUAAGGAAGCUGCUUCUUUCAACGCUCAAGUCAUCGUUCUUAACCACCCUGGUCAAAUCGGUGCCGGUUACACACCCGUUCUUGAUUGUCACACUGCCCACAUUGCCUGUAAAUUCGCUGAGCUCAUCGAGAAGAUUGACCGACGAACUGGUAAAGUAAUGGAGGCUUCACCCAAAUUCGUUAAGUCCGGAGAUGCCGCUAUCGUCAAGCUCGUGUCCCAAAAGCCUAUUUGUGUCGAAUCUUACACUGAGUACCCACCUCUCGGUCGAUUUGCCGUCAGAGAUAUGCGACAAACCGUUGCCGUCGGUGUCAUCAAAUCAGUUGAGAAGACCGAUGGAAAGGGUGGAAAAGUCACCAAAGCCGCCGAGAAGGCUGGUGCCAAGAAGAAGUAA